AUGGCAGCUUGCCCGCUGCAAGUGGCUGUACGAAUCCGGCCUCCGCAGCCACACGAUGGGAAAGCUGGAGCGCCUGCAGUAGAGGCAGCCGAUGGCGUGACGUUACAAGCCAAAGAAGGCUCAGAAUCCAAGCAGUUUGCUUUCGACCGGGUCUUUGGACCUGAGGCCACACAGCAUGAGGUGUACACUUUUUGCGCUUUGCCCCUGGUGGAUGCCGUGAUCAGCGGCACAAACGCUUGCAUUUUUGCAUUUGGGUGCACAGGUGCCGGAAAAACACAUUCCAUGCUGGGCCCAGAGGGUGGACGUAAGCAGGCGAAGCAAGAUGGGAUUCUCCCAAGGGCAGCUGCCGAGCUCUUCAGGCGCAUUGCACGACUGGAAGCGGAAGCCAAGGCUGCAAUCGGAGCCGGGGGAUUUUCUGCCUACGAGGUGCGAGUCUCUUUCUUGGAAGUCUUCUGUGAGAAUGCUUUCGACCUGCUCAGCGGACCAGUGUCUGCUUCGCGUGAUCCGGCAAGCUCUUGUCAACUCCGUGAAACAACAGACGGGCGAGUCUAUGCAGAUGGGGCGAAGGAGGAGAAGAUCCGAUCCUGCGAGCAGUUAUUGGAUGUCGUGGCCCAGGGUGCCAAGGCUCGAGCUACGGCAGCAACUGGAGUUCACGCCCAUUCUUCUAGAUCUCAUGCGCUGCUCAUUAUGUCUGUUGAGCAUCGCUGGCGAGACGUUGCAGAGACCGACCCGCAGAAGUAUCGAUCGCAAACAGCACGCCUGACAUUGGUGGAUCUGGCUGGUGCCGAGUCGAUGGAGCGUUCGCAUGGUGGGAGUGUGGACGCUGCUGGUGUUGGUACUAACAUGGGUUUGCUUGUUUUGGGGCGCGUGAUCCGAGCCCUGGCAGAAGCCUCAGAACGGGUGCCAUACAGAGACUCAACCUUAACCCGACUUAUGCAGAGCAGCUUGGGCGGCAAGGCCAAGACACAGAUGCUGGCCUGCAUAAGUCCAGCAGAAAUUGAGGCUGGACUGACAAUGCAAACCCUGAAAUAUGCAACCAACGCGCGGAGCGUGAUUCUGAAGCCGGAGGCUGCAACAGUUACAACAGAGGUUGAGUUAGACCCAAUGCUGACAGAUGUUGAAGAUGACGAUGUCGCUUUAAAUCGUCGAUGCCUUUGGAUUGAGACUGCCGAUUUCGGCGAUGUAUUUGCUCGCUGUGUUGGGAAUCCUGCAGACCCGCUCAUCCUCUAUGUUCACGGGUCGGGACCUUGCAACAGCUCAAACUUUUGGAGCAAGCUUGUGGUCGAUGUCGCGAUUCUGGCCAGCGCAGGCACCGCGGACUACCCGAAGAGCUACUUUCAUGUCGCCAUUGACUGCCCAGGAUACGGGCGCUCACCAGGUGAUCGUCAAAGCAUUCGAUCAUACCCAGGGGCUCUGAUCUCCAACAUUGUGCGGGCAUUAGGCCGCAAGACGGUAGCAUGCCUUGUCGGGUCCAGCCAAGGCGCGUGUGCUGCCUUGAAUUGCGCGCUGGAGUGUCCGAAGUUGAUGCACACAGUUGCUGUCUGCCAUCCUGUUGGGCAUGCUCCACAUCGCUAUGGCGCCAUUUCUCAACCAACCCUUUUGAUCUUUGAUACGGAGGAUGAUGGGCACCCAGUCAGCGUCGGGCGCCAAAUGAGGCGCCAUCUCCCAAACCCACGGUACUUUGAGUUUACAAGGUCGAAGGAUGGAGAUUGGGAGUGCCAUCACAUGGGUGAGGAGAUGAUCGCAAUGCUCCAGGAGAGUUACCAAAGCUGGAAGGGCAAACGACUUGGCGGGCGAAGGGACAAGGAGUUGCCAGACUUGACUCGGGUUGCAGGCGGCUUUAACAGCUGGAAUGAAAGACAUGGUGUCGAGUUUGAACCUUGGGGCGGCUACGACGCCGAGGAUGAGCCGGAGGCUACCACUAAGGAGGUGGGUGAAAACAGCUGGAGAGCCAGGCUGGAUCCCAGCACCAACACAAUUGUUUAUGAGAACCUUCUUUCUGGUAGAAUCUCCCGCGUGCGUCCUCCCGGUGCGCAAGUGGUGGUUGAGCGCUUGGGAAGAAGUUCGGAGGAGACCUCGGCCCCAGCAGGGCCAGCUGGCCCAGCUGGCCCAGCAGGCGCAGCCGCCGAACCCAGCGACAAAGAUCCUCCGGCCAGGCUCGAUGUGGGCCGGGCACUGAUCCCCCUUUUCGAAGGGGCUGAUGAGGAUGAUGACGAGGAUGACGAAGAGCGGCAGGCACGCGAGGAGAAGGAAGCAGCGGCAAUUCUUGAAAUGGAGGCUUCGCAAGGCCACUGUGACUUUUGCCGCAGGGUGCUUGUGCAGCCUGUCCGCUUGGCAGGAUGUCGCUGUGCGCUGUGUGCAUGCUGCGUCGAAGUUACCGUCCGGUAUAUGCGCGAAUGCCCCGCGUGCGACUUGCCCGUGGACAUGAAGGGUGGCAAGCCUGCAUCCGACGUGUCAGCAGGACUGCUUGCCAAGGUGGAGGCUUUGUCCUCGGCUGGAGGCCCCGAAAUAGAGGAGCAACAGAAAUUGCUAAAGCAGCUAACAGACCUGCGACAGAGCUCGCAACGAGUUCUUCUCCAGUACGGCAACACAUCCAGCGGCCGUGGAAGCAAGCGCUCGUACACGACCUUCUUGAAGGUUGCCAUGGUGGAUGGCACCCUUUCGGACAAGGGCUGUGUGGCCAAAGUUGACUUCAACAUAAACCCUGGAUACAGCAAGCCUACAUCAACGGCCAAAGAGCCCAGCGACAAGUCUUUGGGAUUUACCUUUGAAUAUGCCAUGGCACGGGCUUACCCAUGCCACAUGACUGUGCACUUCAAAAGUGACCUUGGCUUGCCGAAGCUUGUGAUUGAGCACUAUGUCAGAGAUGAGCCGAAGACAAGUCGGCGCGUGCUCCUCCAGUUGCCGCAUCCGCGUUUGCCUCCAGCAGGCGCUCCAAGGAUUACGGAGAAGGAGGUUGUUUUUGAUGCCGAUCCUCCGCAGAAUGCUUGGUUGUGUUUCCAAGCUGGACGCAGUGUGCUGACAACUUCUCCCCAGAAUUUCCUCGGUACUUUGACCGGUGUGGCAGUGCCAGAGGCCGCUCCAGUGCGUCCCCGCAGUCGAACUUCCAGCAAGGCAAGUGGAGGUAGUGAAGCCCGCGGUGAUGCCAGGCUCCAUGCAUAUUUGCAGAAGGCGAUUGCUUCGUGCCAGCUAUACCACAACUUGCAACCGGUCACCGCCAAGGAGACGGCUGCUGCCAUCAUGUACUGCAGACAGGUGGGACAUCCGGCAGCCGAGGAGCUGUCGGAUGUGAUUGUUGAUACCGUCUCCGAAGAGCUUGCAAGGCUUGGUAUGCAGCGAGUGUCCUUCUACAUCACUUCGUUUGCCAAGUACAACAUUGAGGACAGUCGGUUCUGGAAGUCAGCGGCACGGGUGGUGGCAAGCACCUCGGAACCUAUGUCUCCACAGGAGAUGGUGAGUCUGCUGGACGCGUUUCGCAAAAGCGGAUUGAAGCUGCAGAGCCCAUACAAGGCACUUGCCCGUCGGGUGCGGCAGGUUGCUCGGAGCUUUGAGGCUAAGCUGAUCCCUCCCAUUCUUGCCACAAUCUGCCGUGUGGCCCUGCCAGAGGAGGACAGAGAGGAGGCAGUGCGAGCGCUUCUUACGCAAUGGCUUCUCCAGCUUCGGCAAGAGAAGGAACAUCCCACAGGCGCCAUCACCGUGCAGCAGAUUCUCAGCUUGGCCGUGUCUCUCGGCUUGAAUCCGGAACUUGUGAACACUGCGGUCUUCACCAGGGACGUGGCAGCUUAUCUCCGCAACCGUUUCGAUCUUCUCAGACCUGAAGAGCUGAUCGUGUUCCUGUGGGCAUUCCAAAGGCUGGUGCCUCCGCAAACUUCCACUGCUUUCCUCUCGAGCGGAUUGCACAAGGUGCAUCAGCAAUGGCGACUCUUAAUGGCAUCGGCCGAACUGAGCCUGCAGCGACUUGUCCAACUUUCCGACGUUCUCGUUUGCGUCAAGCAGGAGGCCAGGAGCAAAGCACCAUAUUGGACUGAAGACUUGGAGAACCUUCAGGAGCUGGUCAUUCAGGACUUGGUCGAGUCCAUCCAGUACUGCCAGCCUGAAGCUUUGGCUGAGAUCUUGGAGAUCUGGGCUGGGACAGAGGAGUUCUGGCACCGCCAUGACGACUUUGCAAAGGCCAUUGCAAAGAGGAUGGAGGAGCUUCUGCUAGAAUGUAUGGACCUGCAGGAAAUCGUUGGCUUAUUGCAGGCCGCCCUGACAGUCCCCGGAUUGGUUGCCACCUUGCCUGCCAGCAUGCUCAAGGCUCUCCAGGCAGCUGUUAUGACCCGCAGCGAUGAAGAUGCCGAGCGAGUGCAAGCUGUUCUCGCUGGCAGUCCAUGGGAGGUGGUUUGUCAAGGAGCUCCAAGCAGGGACCUAUCGCAGGUCAACAAGUCCUCAACUUCAGUCGAGGACCAGACGUCCAAGUUUCAGACGCUUCUCAGUACAUGGCAACAACCAAGGACGGAUCUCGAUCUGACUCAGUUCCUUCGGGAUGCUGACAAGCACUGCAGCGGCCCGGUAGAGGCUUUGCAGGCUCUGGAGGCAGCAGCCCCAUUUGCUGAACGCCUGGCUGCGGGUUCCACUGCGGAGGUGCUCCAACUGCUGGACCGGCUCUGCCAACGACUCGCAGACGCUGCGCCAGACCUGACACCGGAGCAGCUGGGCGGUGCAGUGCAAGCUUGCGCGGAUGCUGGCUUUCCUCAUGCUCCGCUCUUCUCUGCCGCUUUGAGCUGUAUGACUGAGAUCACCAAUGUCAUGCACGUCGUGGAGGUGCUGGAAUCAUGCGCGCGGCUUCGGCUGGCGAUUCCGGAGUUGGCGCCCUGGUUGCGGAUGCUUCUAGCGGAGGGAGUGGAGCGCCAACUCUCGGCCAGUGGCUUGGCACGACUCCUGGCCGCUGCCGCCAGACUUGGCCUCCUUGAGGCUCAGCAGGUUAACCACAUCGUGAAGAGGCUUGCGACGGUGGCCUCGCCCAUUCGUCCAAUGUCUCCGGAGACUCUUGCUGCUGUUUGCCUGGGUCUAACCUUAGCGAGGUGGAGUCCUGGAAGUGGGCAGUCGGAGCUGUGGGAGGUGGCACGGUGGCUUCGCAGCAUCAAGUGGGCAAAAGGGGCCAAAGAGCCACAAGUUGGAGUAGCCCCGGCGCACGUGGCCGUGUUCAGAAACUUUGUGCUUGGGCUCCUGAUUUCACCUGCUUCAAGAGAAGCUGUUCACGGGCUUUCCCCUGAGCUUCAAGAAGUCAUCGCAGAUGCGGUUUCUUCAACUUCAGCUCAGCGUCGAGUUGUCUCAGACACGACCCUGAAAUUCCGGCACGAGGCUGCGGAGGUACUGAGAAAAGCUGGCCGGUACUGCUCUGAGCGCUGA